UCCAGGGGCAACAGUAAUGGCGGCUGCUUCGCCCGAGCGGCUCUUUUCGUUGGAGCUGCUUGUAGACUGGGUGCGUCUUGAAGUCGGGCUGCCGCCGCCGCCGCCGCCGCCGCCCGUGGUCGCGGUGGAGGAGGAGCAGGAGGAGGAGGAGGCGGAGGAGGAGCAGGAGGCAUCGCCGCCGCGACCGUCGCGCGGCCUGUGCCCCGCCGUGGCCUUCCGCCUGUUGGACUUCCCCACGCUGCUGGUGUACCCUCCUGGCGGCCCCGCCGCCCCCGCCCCGGAACCCCGGCCUGGCCUAGUCCGCUUCGGUCGCGGCAAGUCCUGUCUCUUCCGCCUGCACCGCGACACCCUGCACCGCCUGCUGCUUCAGACCCCGCUUUACACCUUGCUGCUGCAGCUGCCCCCCGGGCGCCCGACUCCGGCCCCGCGGCUCCUGGGCUCCUGCAGCAUCUCGCUGGCCGCCGCGGCCCGCAAGGUGCUGGGGCCGGCCGCCUCCGGCUGCUCCCAGGGUCAUCGUGGAAGUUUCCCUCUGCAUAACCAAGUGGGGGAGCGGACUGGGGACAUUGCCCUGGGCUACCGCCUGACUGACCUGGGAAGCAGGUUGCUGGGCCAUCUUGAGCGGCCAGUCGCUUGCACAGGAGGUGGGGUGGAGCGUGUGGAGGUGCUCAAGGCAGUAGAGAUCAGUUCCCAAACCUUGCAGGAAGAACAGCAGCUACAGCAGCCAAACUCAGAGCCAAGCCCAAGAGAUGCUGAUGGGCCUCGGGUGAGUUUAAAAAUCCCAAAAGCAGAGAAGGGUUCGAAGGAAAUGGCUUUUCACAGUAAGACCAACUGUGAUAACACAGGUUCUGUGGAGAAUGGCAAAACCAACCCUGUUUGUUCAAAUGUUGUUGGUGUGAGAAGCAUUAGCCCCCCAAAUCAGGAAGUUACAGAGUUGGAUAUUGAAACCAACACAUUUUGCCCUCCUCCUCUGUAUUACACUCAUCUGACCCUAGAAAAGACUCCUCCUGUACAGGGUAAAAUCACUAUUAAGCCUCAAAUGAAUGUACCUGAGGAAUUGGAUGGUACUUUUCCAGAAGAAAAACUUGUAAAUCCCCCAGCACAUACUAAUACUCUAAAACAUAGGAAUUCUGCAACACUUGAGAGUCCUCCAAUGCUUAUAAAUCCUCCACAUGUUCAGGAAAUGGGAGCAAGUAAUCAAGCUACAGAUCACCCUCAAACUGAAGAAAAUAUAAUUAACAUGAUAAGGCAGCUGCCUUUGUUAAAUGCUCUGUUGAUUGAGUUGUCCUUGUUGUACAACCAACCCGUGGCAAGCCCUACUCAUAUACAUCCUCACUUAGCCUGGUUGUAUAGAACUGAGGUUAAGUCACCAGAAUCUUCUGCCAAAUCCACAUAUAAAUCUGAAUCUAAGAAGGAUAAGCUUUCUAUGGGGGAAAAUGAAAAGUCAGUGAGUCUUCAGUAUAAAAAGAACCAAGUUGAAAAUCUUAAGAAAGGUAAAUAUUUUGAUAAAAACAGUGGUAUGCCCCCAAAAAGAGUUCCAAGGGGGAAGCUACUUUAUGGGUUAACAAAUACACUUAAACUGCGUUUAAAGCAAACAAAUCCUGAUAUGUUGGUAGUACAUGAAAAGAGAGAAAAGUACAGAAAAAUGCAAGCACAAAUGUUGGGUGCAAAACUCAGAAUUCCGUCAUCCAAAGUUAAAGUAUUAAGCUUUGUGGAACAAUGUGAGAUGCGACAUCAACUGCCUAAAGAUAAGUGUUUAGCAUCAGAUGCAUCCUUUGCUGAAAAUAGUGAUACCUCCAAGCAAAUUAGUGGAGUUUUUGAUAACCCCAGCACAACUAAAGAAAUUAAACUGAAAUGUACAACUGAAAAGACAGUUGAUUGUGGUGAAAAUACAGCUAAUAAUGGUUCAUUGGAAGAAAUUUUGAGUUCUGCGAAUUUCAUUGUCCCAGAAAGGUUUACGCAUACAAAUAUUUUGGGAGGAAAAGUAGAAAUGAAAGUCCCAAGUCCAUGUUUUUUCCGACAGGUUGCAGUUGUUGACAGAAUUGUAGUAGAUAAAGAAAUAGCUGAUAAGCAGGUCAAAACCACUAAUAAUGACAUUCUUACUGCUGAUAUGAGUGAAAAUAAACCAAGUAAAAUUAGUUGCUCUGAAAGCAUCUCAGAACUAAAAUAUUCAGAUGAUUUCACCAGCCCUUGCUAUUCUGAUGAUUUCUGUGCCACUGAGGAUACCAGCAGAAUUUCACAAGCUCAUGAUAGCAGUCUAGGGGCAGAAAAUCCAAAACAUAGUCAAUAUACAAGUAAGUCUAGUGAAACAAGACUGUCCAUAAGGAAAAAUAACAGUGAAAAGAGUUCUAUUCUUAGCCCACCUUUUUCAGCUGGAUCACCAGUACACUCAUAUAAAAGAUCUCAUAUUUCAAAGACUCAAGAUAAAAGUUUGGAGGAAGCAUCUAAUAUCUCUACCAGUGAUUUAUCUUCAUCACAUUGGACUGAGGAAAAAGAAAACCAGAUAGACCAAAAUAGUAUGCAUAAUUCUAAAGUUAUAAAGAGGGGUCAAGACAUCUCUGUCAAACUUAAAACAAGAACUGGUUGCAAUUCUUUAGAAAAAAGCCAGUCACCUCGGACAUCUCAAGUGAGUUCUUAUCUGCCAUCUAAUUUGUCAGAACUAGAACUUAAUGUCUUGGAAAGGAGUACAUCAGAUCACUUUGAAGAAGACAGUGAUGAAGUUGGUUCACCAAAUAUUUCCAAGCAAUGCAAAGAUAUUUGUGAAUUAGUAAUAAAUAAACUUCCAGGAUAUACCGUGUGAAAAUAUAUACUUUUAAAAAACAUUUAAUUUUUUAUAACCUAUGUGUACUGUUAGUGAAACAAUUUUUAAUAACUGUUAUUUUUAGUACAUAAAUUAUGGGCAUAAUUGUUUUUAAGAAAU